AAUAGCCCAUAGUUUUAUCAGUGUCGGUUGCUGCCCACUCCUGAAAAAAAAGUUUUAUUGUGAUCAUUAAGUUGCAGGUUUCAGUGGCUGCCCAGUUGAUUCGUUCACUCUAUUGUCUCGGAAUUAAGUUGUGUCACAGAUCAUGGCUCCCUGGCCGGAGGUAGAAAAGCCUGAAACCAAUAACUAUAUUGGGGACUCCUCCAAACAAAACCAAAACAUGACUGGGAAAGAAGGAGAAAAUCACAAAGGCAACGUGGCUUCACUUGGAAAUAAAGGGGAUAUUCAACCUGCAUUUUCCACAGUAGCUUUGAUAGAUGAGACAAGGCCAGAAGAAGACCCGUGGGCUCUGCCAGAGCUGCAGGACACUGGGGUCAAGUGGUCAGAAUUGGAUGGAAAAGGAAAAGUCAUUCGUGUACUCUAUGGGAUAGGGAAAUUCAUUAUGCUACUUGGAUUGCUCUACAUGUUUGUGUGUUCUCUGGAUGUGCUGAGCUCUGCUUUUCAACUGGUAGGAGGUAAAGCAGCAGGGGACAUAUUUAAAGAUGAUUCAGUGCUCUCGAAUCCUGUUGCGGGACUGGUGAUCGGAGUUCUGGUGACUGUUAUGGUGCAGAGCUCCAGCACUUCUUCAUCCAUUAUAGUCAGCAUGGUGUCCUCCACAUUGCUGACUGUUAGAGCAGCUAUUCCUAUCAUCAUGGGAGCAAACAUUGGCACCUCAGUUACAAACACUAUUGUGGCACUUAUGCAAGCUGGGGACAGGAAUGAAUUUAGAAGGGCAUUUGCUGGGGCAACAAUCCAUGAUUUCUUUAACUGGCUAGCUGUGUUUGCCCUGUUGCCCGUUGAAGUUAUUACUGGCUACCUCUACCAUCUCACCAAUGUCAUAGUUGAGUCCUUUCAUCUUGAAAGUGGUGAAGAUGCCCCAGAGCUACUAAAAGUUAUCACAGACCCCUUCACAAAGCUCAUCAUUGAGCUUGAUAAGUCAGUAAUAAAUGCGAUUGCUACUAAUGAUGAAUCAGCAAAAAACAAAAGCCUGGUAAAGAUCUGGUGUGUCACUGAAAGCAAUGUGACACUGCAGAAUGUCACAAUUCCUCCUUCCGAAAACUGCACGUCUCCGGACUUUUGCUGGACUGAGGGAAACACGACGUGGACCCUCAAGAACAUAACUGAAACAGAGUAUAUCAGUAAAUGCCAACACAUCUUUGUAAACUCAGACCUGCCUGAUCUUGCCAUCGGGCUCAUCCUUCUGGCUUUGUCCUUGCUUGUUCUGUGCUCCUGUUUGAUAAUGAUCGUUAAGCUGUUAAACUCUGUGCUUAAAGGACAAGUGGCAAGUGUCAUCAAGAAGACAAUCAACACUGAUUUUCCAUUUCCUUUUACUUGGCUUGCUGGAUACCUGGCUAUGCUUGCAGGGGCUGGUAUGACCUUCAUUGUCCAAAGCAGUUCUGUUUUCACAUCUGCUAUUACACCCCUUGUUGGCAUUGGUGUUAUAAGCAUUGAGCGCUCUUACCCCCUCACCUUAGGAGCCAACAUUGGCACAACCACAACAGCUAUUCUUGCAGCUUUAGCAAGUCCAGGGAGUACAUUAAAAUAUUCAUUACAGAUUGCCUUGUGCCACUUUUUCUUCAAUGUCUCUGGGAUUAUUCUGUUUUAUCCUAUACCUUAUACCCGCCUGCCAAUCCGCAUGAGCAAGACCUUGGGAAAUAUAACAGCCCAGUACAGAUGGUUUGCUAUAUUUUACCUUCUUCUCUGUUUCUUUCUUUUGCCUUUGUUUGUAUUUGCUCUGUCACUGGCAGGCUGGGCAGUCCUUUUGGGUGUUUGCCUUCCCCUGUUUCUUCUUUUUAUUGCUGUGGUUAUAAUUAACGUUAUGCAGAAAAGGCGACCACAUUCACUGCCUGAGAAGCUCCAAAACUGGGAUUUCCUACCUGUCUGGAUGCACUCCCUAGAGCCCUGGGACAAUAUAAUUAUGGCUUCACUUGCUUUUUGUGGGAAACACUGCUGUGGCUUCUGCAAGUGUUGCAAAGUCAAUACUGAACAGGAAGGUGCCAAAGACAACCAGUUAAAAACUAUGGAAGUUUAUGAAAACACCAUGGCAAUGGCUGAUGAAGAAAGAGGUGGAAGAAGGGCACCAGCUGUAGCUUGUGUUGACAAAACAGGCACAAACAACACAGCCUUAUAGUACUGGAUCCAUGCAUAUUAGCAGAGAUACAGCACAGGACAGCCAGGCUCAUCAAAACCACCUUGGACCUUGCACUGAGGAGAGAGUGAACAUUUUUUUAGGUUUCUGAAGCCAGUGAUACAUCACUCAACAAGGAAGGGAGUCAAACAAGCUUGACAGAGUCCCUAGAAAAAUCUAUGCUCAGUUGCAAAGCUAAUGACAGAUUUGUUCACAGAGGAUCUACUGUGUGGUACCUUCCUCCAAUGUUAUCAGUAGCAAACAAAAGAAAUCCUGAUGUAGUCCCAUGAAGAGAGGGAUGAAAGAAGUGGCAAUCAAUUCAAACUUAAAAAACCAAUAAACACUCGUAGAACAGCCUUUUUGACCUACUGACUCAGCAAAAAUUACUUCAUAGUACUUAAAAAGCCCUUGAAAUUAAAAAAAAAAAAGGGGGAGAAAAGGGGGGGAAAGAAAAAAAAAGGGGGAAAAAGAAGGAAUCCUAAUGUUUUCAUUGGCCUGUCUGAAGUGGUCAAAAUGGAAAACAGUAGCUUUCCUAGAACAGACAAAAUAUACUCUAUGCGUGUGAAGGAAAAUGAAAUGCUGGGACAUCCUCCAGAAGCUCUUGGAGUCCUACUCUGGCAUAAGGGUUCAUGGAAGCCCAUUUGGAGCUCUCUCUGUCUCCUCUAACAGUGGGGACAAGAGCUAUAAUCUGUUAUCUCAGGCUAAAGACCAUAAAAGUAAUUGCUGCUCCCUCUGCCUGCCGAAUGUUAAGAACUGUGUACGGAGACAUUGGGCUGACAGAGGAUGUGAUUGUGUGGCCAUUCCUCUCUCUAGAUGGUCCUCUUCAGUCCUGUUCACCAUGCAAUGGUGAAUCCCACAAGCAUGGACUGCUGCAGGAAAGAGGACAAGUGGUCACGGUAGGAGAGGAGAGGAGAGAGCUGUGCCAGCCUGGGCUGGUGCCAGGAGAUCUGUGUGCAGCUCUGGUUGUUUGCCACACAAGGAGCUUUCAGAGUAGCAGUGGAGACUGGCUGUAGACCUGCAACAGAGGGAGCCUGCAGAGCAGAUUAUGGCUAGCAUAGGGCAUUUGGUAACGUUUACUGAGAGAAAGGGGUUUUCACUACCCCUUUGUGCUCUGAGCCACCCUACUGGGAAAUAAUGUGAAUUUUACUGGCAAUUGUAUGUAGCAAAUCCCAAAUAAAAUCCAUAAGGAGUGUCGUCACUACAAUGUCUAGCAAAUCUAUGGGUAGUGCAAUACUUGGUAGGAAGCUGCUUGUGCUCAAAUUUUAGCUUAUUGAUGUUUUAGAAAAUGCUUGUAAGACUGCUCUGAAUCAUGGGCUGACAGAGGCAUAAUUUCAAAGUCAGAAGAACAUUUCAAACAUGCACUCAGUACUUGUGGUUUUCAAGAGCUUAGAUAUUAGUGAGUAUGGGACAAUAUCUGAAGCCCAAUCACUAACAUUUGAAAAAAAACUAGGUGGCUGAGUGUAGACCAAGUAUAAUUUAAAGCCCAUUUAAAUAAUUGAAUUUUAAAUUAAAUGUGUAAUGAAAAUGCUGAGAAGACCCUUAGUGUAACAAAGCCACUCAGUGCUGCUAGAACACAAUUACUUCUGAAUAGUUGUUUUCUGCAGAGCUUGGAAUUCAGUAGGUUAAAUUCAGCAAUCAGGUAAAGACAUACAUUUUAGAAGUGGAAAAUUUAUUUCAUUAACUUUUUUAAACUAACAUUAAACUGGCAAAUUAUGUGUUUGCAAAUUGUAUUGAAACUGAGUUUCUAACUGUUUCUGUAAU